AUGGAUCAGCCUUCCAGUGCCGACCAUUCCCAUGAGGCCAAGUCCACCACUCCGCCUCAGGCGACCAAUACGUUAAUCGUACCCUCACUUCCGCCGUCAUUCUUUGACCCCCUUGUCCUUCAAGUCCUACGCGAUCUCUUUGCCUCGUAUGGCGAGCUCCAUUCGUGGGCGCCUCUCCGCGGUUUGGCUCGAAUCAUCCUUGUGUAUUGGGACGAGCGGAGUGCCGAGGAUGCCAAAGCCGGAACCGACGGGCUGAGCUUGGGACAUGACUCGGAAGGACCAGAGUUCGUAUUACGCGUGUUCCGGGGAGCGCCGACUCCAACCCGAACCGCCCAGCCUUCGAUGCUCGCGGUCCCAGCGCUCGAGAAGAACUUUUUGAUAUCCCCACCGGGAUCGCCGCCUGUGGGAUGGGAGCCCGUGGUCGAAGAUCCACCCAACAAGGAUGCUCUCGCGGCCGAUCUGAUUGAGGCGCUCAGGCGAUUGCAGCUGUCACGAGAGGGUGGAGUCGAAGUGCUGGUCUCUUCAGAGGACAGUCAUGUGCCCGCGGUUCAUCUCGAAGGGGAAUGGAACGAGGAUGAAUCCGUCGGAAGAGGCGGCUCGGGUAUCGGUAUGGUCAAGGCGACCGUAGCAAGCAUGGGCGGCUCGGGAUCGGGUAUUGCAACCCCAGUCGGAUCAAGCUGGAUGAAUGGAGAACGCGUGGCGAUCCAAAAGAUCCCAACGGCCCGACCUCCGCUCCCCAAUGAAUCUACUUGA